AUGGCCGACUACGAACGCCGGAAUCAUGGGUAUAGGGGAGGGCGCAAGAGACGCUACAGAGAGGACGAUGAUUAUGAUCGCCGUCAACGGCGCAGAUAUGAAGAGCCAUUGGUCGUGAAAGUUCGGAGGCAGCUGCUCACCAUUGCUGAAUCUGCUGCCCGGCGCGUGGAAGACGAUACCGUCGCUAUCGCAAAGAGCGUGACGGACAACUACGAGGACGAGGAAAUCAAGCAGACUUUCCUUGAUGUCAUUUUUGCACUUGUGCUCGAACAACCGUUGAAGAUCCCUUUCGUUGCCUCCACGGUUCUUGUCGCCAACGCUCUGAAACCAGAGGUCGUGUCGGACGUCCUCAAGAAGUUCGGCGAAUCGCUACAGGCUUACAUUGACUCCGGGUCGUGGCGUGAGGUCAAACUUCUCCUUCGGUUUUUGGGUUGCAUCCAAUGCCUUUUUGAAGGAGAUGGUGUCUUCCCCAUCUUGGAGGAACUGUUUGCCCGUGCUGUUGACCUUCAGACGGCUUCGUCGGAAGAUCUGCUUGGGUUAGAACUCGUGAAGAUCAUUCUGUUCACCAUUCCGUAUGUCAUCGCCUCGCCCGCGACGGGCUUCGAGUCGCACGCCAGCUCUCUCCUCGAAAAAACAGAUAUCAUCGCGUCCACCCCGCAUACGCUCGUCGACCUGGUCAACCCAUUUGGUCUGGAAAACGGAAAAACAGAGGGGGUUCAGAGUGUCAUUAGUCUGCUCCAGGGCCAGCUUCAAGAAGAGGCCAGCCGCGGCUGGAAGCUCGUCUGUCUUCCGCGGGUAUGGAAGGAUAUUCGUCUGCCAGAGGCGCAGGACGAGUCCAAGCCAGAAGAAGAGAAGCCGGAAGACGACAAGCCGUGGUAUGAGGGAACGAAACAUCCGUUCCCUCAAAUCACCAUUCCUAACCCUGUGCCGAAAGGAUCGAGGGCAAUCUUCCCGCAGGUGUACUUCUCGGUCUACGCCAACCAGGAGAUCGAGACGGUUCCUCCGAUGUCUGAUAUCUCCUCUUCUCUGUUGCGGGAUGUUCUGGUCGAUACUAUCAAUAUUCUCGAUUUCAACCGCAUCGCAGCUGCCAAGUUCUUGAUCGACGUCGACUGCUUUUUUACACCAUACACUUUCGUGAAGCGUGCGACGCCUUUCGACAGACUCCGCGAGAUUUCCGGAGACCAUGCGACUUGGAAGCCCGAAGACGUGGCAGUGGAUGCGGUCUUUUCGCAGUUGUUCCAGCUUCCUACUCCGGAACACAAGCUGAUCUGCUACCACUCCGUCCUUACUGAAUGUUGCAAGAUCGCCCCCGCGGCUAUUGCUCCUAGCUUGGGUCGUGCGAUUCGCUUCCUGUACCGCGGACUGGAGACUAUGGACUUGGAUCUAUCGUACCGGUUCCUGGACUGGUUUGCUCACCACCUUAGCAACUUUGGUUUCACCUGGAAGUGGAGUGAAUGGAUUGAAGAUCUUGAGCUGCCCGCCGUGCACCCCCGAAUGGCGUUUAUCAACGGGGCUCUCGAUAAGGAGAUUCGGUUGAGCUUUGCACAGCGCAUCCGCGGAACCCUCCCCGACCCGUAUCAGGACCUGAUCACUGAAGGGAAGGAGAAGGACACUCCUGACUUUAAGUAUUCCUCAGAGAACGCCCCUUACGCCAAAGAGGGCAUGGAGAUCAUGCAACUCAUUCGCAAGAAAGCAAGUGACGAGGAGAUCCAGCCAUUCAUCGCCGCCAUUGAAGAACAAGCCAAGUCUCUGGGCGUCGAAGACCCCCUGCUCCCUUCGACGGACGCCUUCGUGACGGCCAUCUGCUUCGUCGGCUCGAAGUCGCUCUCGCACGUGUUGUCCUGCAUCGAGCGCAACAAGGAGCGCCUGCUGGCCAUCGGGCCGAAAUCGCCCGCCGCGCGCCGCCAAAUCAUCACCUCCGUCCUGGAGUACUGGGCCGACCAGCCGGGCAUCGGCAUCAACAUCAUCGACAAGCUCCUGAACUACACCAUCCUGACGCCGCUGUCCGUCGUCGAAUGGGCCCUCGUCGACAAACUCGAGGCCGGCACCAUCCUCGCCAAGCUGCACGUCUACGAGAUGGUCUCGGCCACCGUCGGCAAAGUCACCAACCGCAUGCGCCAGAUCGUCGCCGCGCGCAUCCAGCCGGGCCUCUAUGAGCCGCAGCUCAGCGUCCUCCACGACACCCUCGUCCGCGAGAAGGCUGACAUGCAGGCCCUCUUCAAGGUCAUCGAAGACGCCCUCGUCUCCGUCGCCGCCGGCAGCAACGACGAGAUGAUGGAGCGCGGCGAUGGUAGCGGCGCCCUUCCCGAGGACGAGCUCAUCCGGCAAUGGGGCCGCCGCUGGCUCCGCGUCUUCCGCCGCCGUGCUGGUGUCGAGGAGUCCUUCAUCGCCGAGGCCAUGGUCCAUGCUACCCCUGUCGGCACGGAAGCGCCCCCUCCGCCCCCUGCUGCGCCGUCUGGUUCCCAGGAUGGAGGGGCGGUGGUGGCCCCGGACGGUGAUAUGGAUAUUGGGGAUGCGGAUGGACCUGUUGUGCUUUCGUAG